AUGACAUAAUGCUAGCGUCGGCCAUUUUUUAUUGGAAAAAUUGCUGCUCUGUUUUGUUGCUCGUCUUAUUUUGUUUUCUCUCUAGCUAGCUAUACAUAUAUGCUGUUUUUUAAUAUUUAAUUUCACGAGCCUUUUAAAAUUUUAAAUCGCAGAAACAAAGUGCUACAAUCUACACUCUUGAUAAUAGUUUAAAACCUCAAUGUUUCUGUGAGAAUCCACAACAGAAAAAGACCUCUCUUUACCCCAAAUCCUAGCAUCUUUUUUAUUGCCCCCAAAUGCCAGAGCCAAUGAUCUUGCCUCUUAAAAGUAAUCAACUAACGUCACACAGGAAUUUAUCUUUAUAUGUAAUCAUCACAGAAGUCAGACACAGCUUUAAAAAUCUUUGUCUCAGACAGGAUUUUAAAAAAAAAUAAGAAUCAGAAGAUGGAUCUUCCACAAUCACCCUCAGAAUGGUUUUAGGUUUGGCUGAUUAUUUCAUUGUAUAUACAAUUGAGGAAUAAAAACAUAACAAAACUGGUGAUAUGUUUAUCACGAUGUUGUGAACUUGAAAAAAAUAACAAGGGAACGUAAACAAAGAAAUUCUUAUUAUAUAUAUUUUAAUCGUUUGUAAAUCCACCUCUGGCUUCUUUGUCAGCAAGUUUGCCACCAUUUGAAUACUGCAUAUAUAACUAGUAGUGUUGCUAGAAAACACAGAGAUCAGAAUAAAAAUAAAAUCAUGUUUAUAAUUUUGAUGUUUAGCUACAUCUUAUGGAUGCUAUGCUCACCUUUUAGGAAAAUAAACCUUAUAUUGUGAUAUAGUUUCCAAAUUUUGUAGAGCAUUAAGAAUCUUUUUUAUGAGUAACACACAAAUUGAUUGAAGGGCUCCUGAAGUACUUUUACAAGUUGGAGUCACUUAUUUGAAAUUUUCCUAGCAAAUGCACUGGUUUGGAAGAAAUCACUUUGCUACAAAAAUUGUAUAUACUUAUUCCUUUGUUAUUUAGUCAAAAUCCAUUAUUUUCUUCGAAAUAUCUCAUUGUCCUUUUCUAAAAUGCCUAAAUUCAACUAGUUUUUACUGUAUGCUAAUUUCUUGACAUUGAUCUGAAAGUAACCGAUAACAAAUUUCAAGCCAAUAAUUCUUUUUGUGCUUAAGUCAUUUUUGAUAUUCUUGAAAUAGGCUGGGGAUGCUCCAUUAUGACAAUACAACCACUAUCAGUUUAACUGAUAGCAAAUAUGGGUGCCUGUAGCCUGUUCCCAUAGCUGUAAAAGUUGGGUUUCAUUAAAGAUGCUGGGAGUGCAGCCUUUUAAAGUAGAAAAAAGUUUUUACUUAUACUGCAAUUACUAUUUUUUCAAGAUUGUUUAUCACAGUUAAUACACAGUCCAGGUACCAGUAAUCAAACACUACCAAUUAAUUAAAUAUUAAUAAUAAUUAACAGUUUCAUGUCCAUGUUGACAUGCUUGAGUUCUCUUGUAAAGGUUGGAAAUUAACAUUGGUCAAGAAGUGCAGUUGAUAUAAGUUUUUGCCUUUUUUCUUUCUGUAUGUAUGUUUGUUUAAAAGAAGAGACCAAAAUUAUAUUCUUAAAUUAUAUUCUUAAGAAUGUUUCAUGUACAAUGUUUUAGAAAGAAUUCUAAAUUAUGCCAUCAUGCAGCAAAGAAAAGAAGCCAUUACAAUUUAGCAGCGUUAAUGAGCUUAAUAAACAUACGGAUAAGGUGAUUGUCAAAAUAAAUUCAGUUCUUCAAUGCAAACAGUAUUGCAAAUCAGCAAAUGAUGUAUAUAGAAAAGCUGAAUCAUUGUAUCAAAAUCAAGACGAAGAAAAUGCUUAUAUUUUAUUUAUGCGAUACUUUUUUAUUCUAUCAAACAUAAAAAAGUCUUAUGAAUUUACACACUCUAAAGAGAAAUUUAAUGCAAUCUUAAAAGAGUGUGAUGCUUCUGCUGCUAUUGAAAAGGCCGAGAUACUCCAUUCCAGUCUAGAAAAGAGAUAUGAGAAAAAUAAAUUUGAUAUCUUGCGCAAGCAGGAGAUUGAAAAAAAAUUAGCAGAAGACUCUAAAAAAAACAGAGAAAAAACUGAGAAUAAAUCAGUGAGUAAACCAGCUGUAGAUGAUGAAUACUUACAGCUUCCAGAUGUACCCGACACCAUCAAUUUUCAACAGCCAAAGGAAAUCCCCAAAACAGUGAACAGUACUAAUGUCCCUAAUGGCAAAACGUUUCCUGAUGAAGCUUUCAACAUUGUACCUGUUGCAUCAAGACCAAAAGCUGGUUUUAUAUCUGUUAUAGAUUUUUAUAAUUUACUAAAAAAUAAGAAGAACAAUCUUGACUCUAUCCUAAUUAUAGAUGUCAGACCAAAUGAUGAGUACACUGCUGCUAGGAUUAAUCAUAAGUGCAUGAUAAAUGUCCCAGAAACGUUAUUACAGAAUGGAGCAACUAUAAAUAGCAUCGAACGGAAAUUGACAAAAGACACUUGGGAUAUUUGGGUGACAAGGCAUCACAAAAGUCAUGUUAUUAUAAUAGAUUUUGAUUUUGAUGAUGAGACUUGUUCUCCUACUUGUCCUGUUUAUAUAUUGCAAGAUAUUUUAUGUAAAUUUGAAGGAAAUAACGAUGUACUUGUUGUCACUGGUGGAUUUAAGGAAUGGCAUUUGCUUUAUCCGUCUAUGACAAGUAAUCCUGCUUAUUCAAAAACACCAAGUGCUCCUGCGUUGGUUGACCCAUUACAACUGUUACAGGGACUUACAUACCCUGAGUUACCAUCGCAAAAGAAACCUGAUACAACAAAAACACACAACCGACCAAACACAGACUAUGUAAGUGGACCUCUGCCUAAGACAAAUCUCUAUCCGAACAUUAUAGCUGUUGAAAACCCAGCAACCAAAAAGACUCCUACUAUUGACAAAUUAGCAGAAUGGAGAAAGGAAUUAAACGAUUCUGUUGAUGAUGUUCAUAAAGAAGGUGAAAAUAAUGAAGAUAUCCUUUUGCCUAAUCCAGCAACACGCAAUAUUUCCAAAUCAUCAAACCAUAACUCGUCAAGUAAUAACAAAACUAUACAAAAUGAUAUUAAUAAAGCAAAAAAUAAUUCCAAACAUUCACAUCCAGCAGACAUCUCUAAAAAUGAUCACCCAAAAAUUGUUCACGAAAACAGUAAUGUUACCAAUAUUAUCCCUGGUAACCAAGGUUUAGGUGAGUCUUCUGAACAGUCAGGGUCAAUAAGCAGCGUCCCUUCAACGCUAAAUGUGUCAACAACCACGAAGAACAAAAGUAAUGACAGUAAUUCUUCUGAAACUAUUACAGCAAGCUCACCACUGUCUUCAAAACCACAUGUCUAUAAUUCUUCUCCUGCUGUUAUUCCAUCUGCAGAUUCCGAAAUUUCAGCAGCUUUAAACUCGUCUCUGACUUUACCCAAGCCACCCUUACCAUCCAGUCAUGUUCCUCUAAUAGCUGCUGAUAAAACAAAGAUCACUCAAUCACAACCACCAAAACAAAUAUCGAGUGAUGUAGUAAGUAAACAAAUAGAGACGCCUAUGAAUCCUUUAAAUUAUCCGCCGUCAAUUAAUUCCUCCCACCUCUCGCCUCUAAAUCAAACUAACAGUGAAAUAAUACCUAAUACUGGUUCAGCAGAAAACCAAGUUAUGGAUCCUAAACCUGCACAAUCUGCACAAAUAAAAAACCUACCCACUGUGGCAAGUGUACCCCAGGCACCAACGCAAAGUCCACCAACCCUAUCAAGACAGAACCCUUCAGAUGCAUCAAUGCAGACUCCAGCUAGUAUGCACACCUCAGUCAGCAAACCAAAAGUAUCUAAGCCUGUACACGGAUCAACAUCGGCGCCAAAACAGCCUACAAUAACAAAACAUGUUACAACAUAUGGGUUACCUUAUGGAUGGGAAAAAGCUAUCAAUCAUGAGACAGGCAGAAUAUAUUACAAAGAUCAUAAUACGCAACGAACUUAUUGGACAUUACCCCCUGAAAUUCAAAAUCUUGUUAUGAAAACAGGUGCUCAGCCCCCUGAAGAAAACAGAGAGACAAAAGUGGAAGAUAAGAAAAAGAAGUCAGUAACAUUUGAAGAUGUUGAUAGACCCUCAUUGAAACGGUCACUUUCCUCUCCAAAUUUAGCUGAGAUGAAAGAGGCGGAUAAGGCUCCGGCACGGCCCGUUAUUGACAGAUCAGCUAAACCAAAGAUGGAAAGACCGGUUUUAGUUGAUCGUUCAACUAAACCAAUAUCUGCGUCAAGAUUAAAAAACAUGUCACCUGUAUACGGAAGCAAGGGUCAAUGCUUGACUGGGUUGAAAAAUCUUGGGAAUACCUGUUACAUGAACUCGGUUAUUCAAUGUUUAUCCAACACAAUCCCAUUGGCGAAGUAUUUUAAUAAGGGCUUGUACGAACAACACUUAAAUUUAAGGAAUAUGAAUUCACAUCCUGGUGAAAUUGCACGUGAGCUUGCGUUUCUGAUCAUUGUUUUAUCAGCUGGUCAGUAUCGGUCUUUGUCGCCUAUUGAUUUCAAGGUCGCUCUUGGAAGGUUUUCUUCUCAAUUUUGUGGAUAUCAACAACAGGAUUCGCAUGAGCUGCUAAUGUUUUUAUUAGAUGGUCUACAUGAGGAUGUUAACAAGGUCAAAGUGAGACGUCCAAUCAAAGAAAAAAGUGACGAAGAGACAAACUUAAAACGAGAUACUGUUUUAGCAGAUUGGGCUUGGGACGACUACAUUUCCAAUAACAAUUCUGUUAUUGUUGAUUUAUUUCAAGGUCAAUUUCGUUCUACAGUUGUUUGUUUAAGUUGUGGUAAGAAAUCAAAAACAUUCGAUGCAUUUAACUGCUUACAAUUGGAACUGACACCCAAUCGAUCAUGCACUUUAGAGGAAUGUAUAAAAUCGUUCACAAAGCCAGAAAGAAUCGGAGGAAACGAUAGCUGGAAAUGUUCAUACUGCAAAUGUUAUCGGACGGCAGAAAAAAUCAUCGAAAUAUGGAAACUCCCGCCAAUUCUAAUUGUCCAACUGAAGAGAUUUCAAUUUGAUGGACGGUGGAGGAAUAAAAUCCAAACAACUGUAAACUUUCCUUUGGAAGGUUUAAACAUGGUUAGACACGUGGUUGCACCCACCUCAAAAUUUUCAAACUAUCAUUUAUACGGAAUAAUCAAUCAUUACGGCAGCUUUGAGUCUGGUCACUACACGUCUUACUGUGAGAACGCCUACAAUGGGAGAUGGUACUGCUACGAUGAUAACCUGGUCAAGGAGGUGACUGCAUCUUCUGUUAAGACGAAUGCAGCGUACCUGCUCUUCUAUACUGCUGUCGACUUCAAGAAUUACAUCAAAUGAUGAAGUUAUCAAACAUAUCCGAAUAAUAUCAACAUUAACGACCGUGCCAUGCCCACUAUGGCUAAUAUUUACGGAUCGGUUUAAAUUAAAAUAAACUUGUAUAUACUCUUAUGUAGGGAAGAUUUUUUUUAAGCAGAGUUGUCACACCUCAAAACUCCUCAAUUUUUCUCCAUUUAAAUUUCCUGCAAAAGUAAACAUUUAACAACUUUCUUUUUUAAUCUCCUCCAAAAGUAACAACUUUCUCCUCCAAUCUCCUAAUUUUUUUUUAUAAAACUUUACGGUUUGACACAUUUUUAUUUUCAAAAUGCAUAAAAAACACUGCAGGGGUAUAGAAAUAUACGCAUGCACUGUUUUUCACUUGUGGGGUCAACCUUUAAGCAGCCUAAAAAUUCUCGUCGAAAGUACUAAAAUCUCCUCAAAUUUGACUCCAUUAAAAGCGUGGCAACCCUGGUAAAUUUAGCGAAGUUUUUGUUUUUAUUACUUUCUUCUGAAAGAAAUAAGGUAGAGCAAACAAAAAAUAUGUGAGACAUUUCAAUGGUAAAGUUUUUUUUAUUAUUAAUUAAACGUAUUAGUAACUGGUAUAUGGUUCAGUUUGUAAUUUAGUAAUCUUUCAUCUCUGGAAUUGCUUGUAAAUAUAUAACAAACUUUGCAGUAAAACACCGAAAUAUUGGGUUAUUGUUAUU